AUGUUAGCAAAACAAGAUGCUUCCUUCUUCUGUAAACCGCUCCUCCUCUUUCGUUUUUCAGUCCAAAGUCUUCAGCACCAGAAGGUCCUAUCCAAGCCUAUUACUAAUGCUGCAACAAGAAGCGACGGAGCGAGCAGCUCCCUCGUUUACUGCAACACCCAGAUCACGAAGCAUGGAAGAAACGGUCGCGUCGAAGAUGCUGAGUCCGUCUUCCGGUGGAUGCCCUUCAAGAGUACCGUUUCUUGGACCGCCAUGCUCACCGCGUAUGCGGACAACGGGCGGAUUCGGGAAGCCCGGCAAGUGUUCGACGAAAUGCCCGACAGGAAUACCGCUUCGUAUAAUGCGAUGAUCACUGCCUACGUCCGCAACAAUUGGAAUGUCAAUAAAGCUUAUGAGUUGUUCGCUGAGAUUCCUGACCGCAAUGCGGUCUCUUACGGUGCCAUGAUCACGGGGUUUGUUCGGGCAGGGAAGGUAGACAAAGCGAAAGAACUUUACCUUUCGAUGCCGGUCAAGUGGCGAGAUCCUGUGUGCUCGAAUGCAUUGAUAAGUGGGUAUUUGAAGUCGGGGGCACUCGAAGAGGCGGUUUGGGUUUUUGAGGGUAUGGCACAGAGAGAUGUCGUUUCCUGGAGCUCUAUGCUGGACGGAUAUUGCAAGAACGUUGGCGUUGGUGCUGCCAGAGAGCUGUUCGAUAAGAUGCCGGAGCGAAAUGUUGUAUCCUGGACUGCUAUGAUUAAUGGGUAUAUGAAGAUGGGGCAUUUUGAAUGUGGUUUUGAUCUUUUUCUGGACAUGAGAAAGGAAGGAACAGUAAGGGUGAAUUCUACGACACUUACUGUUAUGUUUGAAGCUUGUGGCGACUUUGGGAGGUCCCAGGAAGGAAUUCAGAUCCAUGGAUUGGUGUAUCAACUUGGACUUGAAUUUGAUUUAUUUAUAAGAAAUUCCAUUAUCAAAAUGUAUUCUAGUUUUGGCUUUGUAGAUGAUGCUAUUAAGAUUUUUGAUUCAAUGGACGAAAGGAACGAAGUCACAUGGAAUAGUUUAAUCUCUGCUUAUGUCCAGAAUGAUAGUAUUGGAGAAGCCUAUCGUCUAUUUGCAAAGAUGCCUGGGAAGGAUGCAGUCUCUUGGACAACUAUUAUUUCAGGAUUUUUUGGAAACGGAAUGAUUGAUGAAUCGAUUAAGCUAUUUGAAAUGAUGCCUUUAAAAGAUGACAUUGCCUGGACGGCCAUGAUAUCUGGUUUUGUGAAGAAUGGCGAAUUUGAGGAGGCAUUCCAUUGGUACAUUCAAAUGCUUCAGAAAGCAAUCAAGCCUAAUCCUCUUACCUUAAGCAGUGUGCUAAGUGCUUCUGCUGCUUCGGCAACACUGAACCAUGGUGUACAGAUUCAUGCUCAUGUUGUGAAGAUGGACCUGGAGCAUGUUCUUUCUACGCAGAACUCAUUAAUAUCGAUGUACUCAAAGUGUGGAAGCGUUCUCGAUGCCUACAGAAUAUUCACAGAAACAACUGACCCUAACAUAAUAUCUUACAAUUCUAUCAUCACUGGGCUUGCGCAAAAUGGAUUUGGUACAGAAGCUCUCAGAUUAUUUAAAAAGAUGCAGAAUGCAAGUCAGGAGCCUAAUGGAGUUACAUUUCUUGCCAUUCUCUCUGCAUGCACUCAUGUAGGGCUUGUUGAAGAAGGAUGGAACUAUUUUAAAUCCAUGAAGUCAUUAUAUGGGAUAGAACCGGGGCCCGAUCAUUAUGCUUGCAUGGUUGACCUCCUUGGCCGAGCUGGAUUGCUGGAUGAAGCUAUUUGUUUGAUUAGUUCGAUGCCUCUUGAGCCCCACCCUGGUGUUUGGGGAGCCCUUCUUAGUGCAAGUAAGAUGCACUCACGGGUUGAUCUUGCAGAGCUUGCAGCUCAAAAGCUGAUCAAGUUGCAGCCCGAUAAUGCAACAUCUUACGUUGUUUUGUCCAACCUUUAUUAUUCCUCUGGGAAGCAUGACUUUUCUGACCUUGUUAGAAUGGCCCAGAAAUCUAAAAGAGUGAGAAAGAGUCCAGGAUGCAGUUGGAUUAUGAUGAAGGGCAGUGUCCAUUUGUUCCUCGCGGGAGACAACUCCCAUGCAGAUAUCGGAGAUAUAGAAGCUACUCUAUGCACUAUCUCAAAGGAAAUACAACUUUUAGAAUCUCAGUUGUAAUGGCUCCUCAAUCCUCUCAUCUAAUCUAAUGAUAAAUGUAUUCAAUUGUCAUUGAUAAUGGGGUCGCAAGUCAUCCAGGAUA